AGCGCUUAAUCUUUGCUCAAACUGUCACCAUCGGAUAAACUUGCGAUUUCACAACUUAUCCUUCCCUCAAGUUGCAGCUUAGAUUUUUUCGAUUAGCGUUUUCAUACGUCUUUCCUCGAGAUAACUGGCAUAUGAUGUCUAACCUAACCAAACUGUUGAUUCUUGAACACCAGUGCUGAUCUUUCUAUUCCAAAACUUGCCAAUCGUGUCUUAUCAUCAAUCUUUCAUAAUGAGUUACCAGGAUCAAUUUUGUGGCAAUCUUCGAUCAAUUGAAGGAACUUGGGAGAGGUUUUCCCAGGUUGCUGUCAAGGGUGCUGAGUGUGACUCCUGUGAACACCAGCCCCAUCCAAAAUGUCUAAAAGGGACUUGGGUAGACCUCUUUGACUACAUUUAUGGGUUCUUGGACAAGAAAGAGAAGAAUUGACUUAUAUGGCUGCAUGGCAUGGUGGGUGUUGGAAAGUCUGCUGUUGCAUUCACUGUAGCUGAAAAGAUGAGAGAUCUGAAAAUGACAGAGGGGGCAAGGAAAGAAAAAUGGCUCAGGGGAACAUUCUUUUUCUUGCACAAGCACAUGAAAUGCUGCACCACUGGCUAUUUCUUUGUGAUGCUUGCCUACCGGCUUGCCUGCAAUUUUUCCAGCAUCUGGGGGGACGUGAACAGAGCCAUCAUUGAAAAUCCCACCCUGCUAGAUCCUGACAAGUCUCUUUGGGAUCAGAUGGAGGCAUUGUUUCUCUGACCUCUCCAGAAUCUUUUCCCCAGACUUCAUGACUGUCUGCCUUUGGUGUUUGUUAUUGAUGCCCUUGAUGAAUGCACACCUGAAUCACUUGAAUCCAAAUCCUUUGAUGAACCUACCUCUGAAAACGAGUUAGCUGAUGUCAUCUCCCUGCUUGGCGAAGCUCUUCGUGAACCUGAUCUGCCCAUUGUCCACAUUCUGCUCACAAGUCGCUUGAAAGAGCAUAUCCGCAAAGCUAUGCAGGCU